AUGGACAGAUUCCAGCAAAAGCAGCUUGUCACCCGGCGUUCACUCAAAUAUACAUAUUUUGUUUCUCCUUCUGGUGACUCAACGGAGAAGAAUCCUGCCUUGAUUUUCUUACAUGGAUUCCCCGAUUCGGCGCACCUCUGGUCCGAGGUCGUAGCCAUGAUGGAAGGGUUGCCAAACAAGAUUAUAAUUCCGGACUGUUUGGGGUACGCAGGCACCGACAAACCAGAAGACAUCAGCUUAUACUCGUACGACGGCCAAGCUGAUGACCUUGAAGAUAUUUUACAGAAUGAGAACGCUAAGGUAAACGUCAUUAUCGGACACGAUUGGGGCAGUGUGCUCGCCCAGCGAACCUAUCUCCACAAGAGUCAUCUGUUCAGCGGCAUUAUUCUCCUCAAUACGGGUUAUAUGGUUCCAUCAACCCAGCCUUUUGAUCUUGCUGUGGUCAAUAGGACCACAGAAAAAGUGUUAGGCUACCCCCAGUUUGCGUACUGGGAGUUUUUCUUGUCACACGAUGCCGCAGAGAUUAUAGAUGGAAAUUUGGAGAGGAUGUGGCAAGCCUUGCAUGGUGAUGUUGAAAACUGGAUGCAGAAGUUGUUCUGUGUUCCAGACGCUAUGCGCGAAUUUAUUCUCGGCGACGAGGAAGUGUCAUUGAAAGCAUACGCAAAAAAACUAGAAUGGAAAGACCGAUUCAUACGGCAAUUCAAGACCGAUGGAUUCGCCUCAUCUUUGCAGAUGUACAAAGCCACUGCAUGGAAUGUACAAUCAAAAUCAGACUCAACCAUUCCGAGCGAGAACUUGGCGAUUCGGGUGCCAAUGCUAUUCAUUAUAUGCACCCAGGAUGCUGUUUGUGUGCCAGAUAUAAUGACACCGGCUAAGGAACAAGGUCUUGUACCUAUGUUGAAAGAAGUCGUGAUUGAGUCUGCACACUGGUCUCCGAUGGAGAAGCCGGGUGAAAUCGCAUUACACAUUGUAAAUUUUCUAAGUAACACGAUCUUAUCCCAUUAA